AAGCCCGGAGUGAAUCUUUUUUGCGCUGCCCUCCUCUCUCAGUCACGUGCACUCUCACUCUCCCCCUAUUUCACACCAUCUCACCUCUUGCCUUCCCUCUCUGAAUCAUUCUGCUCUCUCUUUCUAUCUCCCUAAGUCUUUCUGGAGGAAUUUCUAGCUUAGAGUGCCUGUCAAGCAGUAAGAAGAAGCUCUCAAGAAGACAGAAGACAGACAAGGUGGAGAGACUGAGCAGAGUAGUGGCGUCAGUAUGCCGUGUGUGAGCUUCCUGUUGGUGGGGACUUGCUUGCUGGUCCUCGGCCCGGCUGUUUGGGGCGCCCCCAGCCAGUGCCCGGCUCAGUGUCACUGCCAUGGGGACCUGCAGCAUGUCAUCUGUGACAACGUGGGGCUGAAGAAGAUCCCGCAGGUGUCCGAGGCCACCCGUCUGCUCAACCUGCAAAGGAACAACCUGGGCAGCCUGCCCACCGGCUCCUUCGCCAGCAGCAAAGGUCUCAUCUCGUUGCACAUGCAGCACUGCCAGCUCAAGGAGAUUGGUGGCCAGGCCUUCAAGGGACUCAAGAAGCUAAUCUACCUCUACCUGUCCAACAACGAGAUCACCAGCAUCAAGCCAGGUGCCUUCGAGGACCUCACUGAGCUCACUUACCUCUACCUGGAUGGCAACCGCAUCAGCGACCUGCCUAAGGGAAUCUUCUCACCCAUGAUCAACCUGUUCAUCCUGCAGCUCAACGACAACAAGCUGCGUGACAUCAAGCCAGGCACCUUCGCCGGAGCCAAAGACCUGCGCUGGCUGCACAUGAGUGGCAAUGAGAUGAACUCGCUGCAGCCGGGCUCUCUGGACGACGUGGAGAAUCUGGCCAUCCUGCACCUGGACAGGAACAGGCUGUCCACCUAUCCUGGCCUGGCUAUGAGCAAGCUGAGAGUGGUGGAGGAACUGAGCCUGGCCAAGAACCCCCUGAGGAGCAUCCCCGACAACGCCUUCCAGAGCUUCGGACGCUACAUGGAGAAGCUGCACUUGGAUGGCAUGGGGCUGGAAAAGUUCUCUGACGCUGCGUUCAACGGAGUGACGGCCAUCAAGUCUCUGCACCUGGACAACAACAAGCUCAAGUCCCUCCCCAACAGCCUGGAGUUCACCACUAUCACCAACCUCACGCUCUCCAACAACCCCUGGAGCUGCACCUGCACGCUUGCCCCUCUGCGCAAGUGGAUGGACUCUAGCCGCCAGCGCCCUGAUGCGCUCUGUGUCUCUCCGUCCUCACAGAGAGGAAAGCAGAUCAGAGACAGCUCUGCCUUCAGCAGCUGCAAAGUCAAGACAAAGAGAGCCAAGAAGGGCACGCGCCAUUAAAAGAGGAGACGCUGCCUGAGGGGAAAGGCCUGUCCAGGUGACGGGCUUGGUACGUGUGCAGAGAAAGAAAGAAAGCAACUCUAACUGCUACUUCAAGACUGUCCAUCUCACUAUCUGCCAAAUCUCGAUUUCACAUGUACACACAGGGAGUGAUACAUGACACAAACACAUGCACACAAAAAACACAUACAGAAAACCAAAAGGCUUACACGAAGCAGAGACUCAAGAAAACACUUGUACACAAGGGGAAGAAUUGUGUGGUUCAGUUCACACACAACAUACACACAACCUUUAUCAAUACAAACACACACCUUUCUUUCAUCCCACUCUCUUUUCAACGGCUGAGGAAUUUGUCAAGCAUCCUACAACCAACACUCAGACAAACAGCACUGUUGACUCUCCUCGUCUCGCUCUCCCUGACGCCAGCUUUACACCUUCACCUUUCAGGACCCUGCCGCCUACUGCCACAGCAAUGGCCUGCAUAAUUCCCCCAAAUUCCCCCCAAAAACAUAAAUGGAAUGCUCCAGGCCAGGUCUCCCUUUAUUUACUAUGGGUCACUCGGCUGGUCAUGUCUCGCUGUCUCGCUUUUCCUGUGAGAAAUUCUCUGUCAGACUGAGGAAACAUCCUGAAAGGACUGUGACCGUAAAACGGACGUCGACGUAGCGUGACCCCUCUCAAACUCUGACUAAAGGUAAACGACACAUCACAGCGCAGGCGGCUGAGGACUUUUUCUGAAAGGGUUUAUGAGACAACGGAGCGACGGCAGGUCAACGUUGAGAAGGAACAGUCAGAGACGACAUGAACAAAGAGAGGACUCCAGUUCUCCAACAGUAUCUUUUGUUUAAAGACUGAAUACAUACAAAGGACAAUCUCCCUAGAGAUACAAAGAUACUUAAUUCUUACAUGAAUUAAGUUUAAAAGGGUUUGCAAUGCAUUUAAAUCUGUUAUCACAGGGGAAAAUGGUGUACAGUUCAAAAUGGAUAUGAGAAAAGGUGGCAGAGGUGUCAUGUCUUUGACUAAAUAAGUAAUAUACUAAAUAUUUUGCCUUUUCCAUCCCCCCUGCUGUGGCAAUGCUUCAUUUGUUAGCGGACACAUCCAGACACACUGUGUUACAUUUCAUUUAAAGUAAUUGAUUGACAUUGAAAAAAUAUACUUUUUACUGCUAAGUCAAUGGAUUGUCUAUAAGCAUCAAACACUUACCGAACUCUGCGAGUAUCAUAACUCUUAAGAUUUGACUCUUCUUUUUUUUAAUGUAUAUUGAACAUCAUAAAUGUAUUUUUUUUCGAC